CUACGGUGUGCGCGUGCGGUGGUGAGUCAGUGGUGGUUGUACAGCGGCGCGCGCGGAGACGCUGACGUUUAUAUAGAUGAUGUGGUCGGUGGUCUCGUACCUGAGCAGCUCGGAACUGGUGGCCGGUUUCCAGCGCGCUUGCGGGUUGUUUCCGGCCCCAAGCGCCACUCACGUGCGGAUCGGUCCACGCAGCACGAAGACCCACUGCCUCGCGAACGGAACGUCACCGACUUGUCAAGACGGUGAGCACACGGAGAACGGACGCACGUGCGACGUCUCCGGGUCUUAUUUCCAGGUGAGGAACUGGCCGCUGUACUUCCUGUUUUUGGUAUCUGCCAAUCUGGGCAAUGAAGUGUUCUACAUCUCCUUCCUGCCCUUCAUCCACUGGAACCUGGAUCCUUUUCUGUGCCGCCGCCUGGUCAACAUGUGGGCUGUGGUGAUGUAUAUAGGACAGGUGAUGAAGGACAAGUUAAAGAUCCCUCGUCCCUCGUCGCCCCCUGUGGUAAAACUGGAGCAGCGUAUUGAGUUUGGGAUGCCUUCAACUCACGCCAUGGCUGCCACAGCCAUCGCCUUCACAUUGUUACUGAGCGCACCGGAGAGAGUGAAGUUUCAGUUUGAGUUUGGUUUGGUGGCAGCUGUGGUUCUUUCGUCCCUCGUGAGUCUCAGUCGUCUUUACACCGGCAUGCACUCAGCCCUGGAUGUGAUCUGUGGGACUCUCAUAUCUGCCUUCAUUCUGGUCGCGUCCUACCCUCACUGGGACAGUUUGGACUUCUUCCAGCUCAACAGCCCUCUGUCUCCUGCCAUCUCACUGUUUCUGCCCCUCAUCCUGUGCUACAAAUAUCCUGAGCUGGACCACUACAGUGCUACGAGGGCGGACACCACUAUAAUCCUGGGCGCCAGUGCCGGCUGUUCUGUCGGCUACUGGCUCAAUCAGCGGCUCGGUGUGACCUUUGAACCCUCAGGGCCCUUCCCGGUGACCCUGCCUCCUAUGACCCCAGCGAUCUUUAUCCUUGGAGCUUUGCGGUUCUGCGUGGGGCUUUUGAUCCUGGUGCUGACGCGGCAGGUUAUGAAGUGGAUCGCACUGUGGCUGCUGUGCUCGCAUUACGGAGUAGCGGUUAACGACACCAACGCUCACAGGAGGAAGGAAAUCGAAGUGCCGUUAAAGUUCCUCACGUAUCUGGCGAUCGGGUUAGUCAACAGCGUGGUGGUGUGUCGGGUUUUUACCCUUGUGGGGCUGCUGUGACUGUGCUAAUGCUAACGCUAACGAUAUCACAACGUGGUAGAACUGAAAGAUUAUAAGAUGAAUCGAGAAAAAAAUAAAGCACAACUUCUUGACAGUUAGCAAAUUAGCAGUACAGGAGAUGCUAUAUAGAUCAACACAGACUGACAGAAGGACACGGGGACAUUAACAGGGACAAAUCCUCUGAGUAUCUUACAUCUGAGUAUCUAAGGUUAGAACUUAGAUUAAGGUUAGUGCCAUAAAAUGGUUGACGUUUCACUGAGAACACGGCCAAGUCUAGCGUUCUAGCAUCAGGUAAACGCUGCAUGUUAGCGUUAACACAUUAGCGCACAACCUCGUGUCACAUGAACCCUCACGUGCACUCUUCAGUAGGUUUGUGAAAAACCACCACAGGAUUAGAACACGGUUUAAAGAAUUAAUUAAAGUCUCAUUUUGUUCAGUCACAAUGUUAUUUAUUUCAUCCUGAAGAUGAGCAGAUGAUUUGUUUUUUUAUGCUCUGAGGUUUGUGCAGUAAACGCGACUCUGUUUACGACUCUGCUAGCGAGCUGCUAACAGGAAUGAAUAAACGAGCUUGUGAAGAACCUCGUCUUCCUUUUUUUUUUUUUUACACACUCCCAACCCUGUUUGUCUUGCUUUUUAUGACCGUUAUGCUUUCGUCCCUUAAAAACACGUGAUGACUCAUAAAAGUCUAGAAAACACACCCAAGUACAGUGUGUGACAGGCUACACAUCUAAACUCUUAGCUUAUCGUAUCUAGCUAUAAAGUUUAGAACUUCAGACCCUGUCGACUACUAUACGUCUAACACACACACACACACACACACACACACACACACACACACACACACCCCUGUGGUAUUAUUAAUAUUAGGCAACAACCCAUUACUCAACACACAUCUUGUUGUCAUUAACCGUCUCCUUAUCUUAUUUCUUCUCUUAUCUUUUUGAGGAUGCAAUAAAUAAAUACAGGAACUGAACUGAACCGUUUUAAUCCGUAUGAGCUCUUGUUCCUCAUCCGAUCGUCUCUGAUGUCACACGACUCAUUAAGCACAGAGUCGAAACUCUACCGUUAAGCAUCUCACACUUUACUGUUGGCGGUUUUAUUCCUACCUCAUUACACUUACAGAAUAUAUUUUUUUUGAUUAAUUAUUAAUAUUGAAGAAGAGUUAGAGCUUCAUCUCAGGUGCAGAAAGUUUCUCCGUCGUAAUAACAGCGAAAUGUCACCAUCCUUACAGUGAAGCAUGGUGACGGUGGUGUCGUGUUGACACUUGCCUUUAUCUUCAUCCUUGUGGUUAGUAACUUAAUAAAAAGGUGUUGAAUUUAAA